AUGGGUGAUAAUAUUACAGAGCCCUAUGUAAAUAGUAUAGAUAAUAGUUUUCAAAAAUUAAAUAUAAAGGAUGAUAGUAAUAAUAUAAAUAAUAAAAGCAUAGAAAUAACUGAAUGUGGUGAAAAAAAUGAUAAUAAAGAGCAACCAAAAAAAAAAAGAAUUCAACCUAAAUUAAUCUCACCAGUAGUAUCAGAACAAUCACCAACCGUUGUUAAUCCAUUUAACUUUAAUUAUGAUUUAUCAUCGCCAAUUUCAUCAAUGUUUAAUGCAUUCUUUUCAAAAAAUAAUAGUCUGGUUUCAACCUCUGCAAAUAAUAAUAAUAAUAAUAAUAAUAAUAAUAAUAAUAAUAAUAAUAAUAAUAAUAAUAAUAACAAUAAUAACAAUAAUAACAAUAAUAAUAAUUUAAAUACUGAUAAUAAUGCCACACCAGUAUUACAAAGUAAUGGUAAUAAAGAUAAGGUUAAUAAAACUAAUAAAAAUAAUAAAGAUAACAAACAUAAUAAAGGUACUAAAGAAAAAAGAAAAAGAAAAGAGAGAACUGUCACUAAAAAACCAAUUUCAGAGAAAGUGCCUUCAACUACAGAGUCAAAUACAACCAAUAGCAGCUACGAUGAUGCAGAUGAUGAAAACCAAAGCAUUAGUUAUAAUAAAGAGGAUAGUUUGGUCAACAAAACAUCAAUAUCACCAAAAAAGAAAAAGAAAUUAAAAGUAUCCAAAUCAUUAAAUAUUUUAGAACCAUUUUCAUUCUUAAUAUCAAUGCCACCAAAAUAUGGUGUUGAUAUUAAAGAACUGGUUAAUGUUUUAAACAAUAAAGAAUUAUUAGAAGUAAAUAAAUCAAAAUUAAUUAUAGUUUCAGAUUUGUAUAGCAUCAAUUUAAAGAACUCGCUAAAUUCAUCAACAUUGUUAAUAGAUAAUAAUAAAUUUUUAAAAUUACAAAAAGAGCUAUGGUGGGUCAAAGCAACCAAUAAAAUGUUUAUCAAACCGUCAACAUCAAAACCAUCAAGUCAUUUUAAAGUUUGGUUUGGAUUUUUAAUUUUAGAACUAUGGUAUCGUUUUAUUUGGGCAUAUCAUACUCAGUCAGUAUACAACGAAUUGGGUGGAAGUGAUAUUACAGUUGACAAUGAUAAAAUGGAUACAUCAAUUGAAUGUUCUGGCUUGGAUAAUGAUGAAGUUAUUGAACUUGACGAUCUGGGAAAAGGUGAAGACGAAGAUGAUGAAGAUGACGACGAAGAAGAAGAGAAUGAAGUUGAUGUAUUGGUCGAGGAGGAAGAUGGACAUGAUGAAAUUAUUUUAUUCAACAACAAUAAUAACUCUGUUACAAAUAAAACUUGCAAUACCGAAAACAUUAUUUUAAAAUCCGAAAAUUCAUCAUCGUCCUCAUCGUCCUCUGACGAUGAAGAAAUGAAAGAUAGUGCAAAGAAUAAACUCUUAGUUUCAAACGAAGGUCCCUCAAAAGAUGACCAAAUGGUAGAUGAGGAAGAUGACGAAGAUGAAGAGGAAGAUGAUGAAGAUGAAGAAAAAGAUGUUAAAUCCGGUAACGGUUUGUCAAUGACAGAUAAUAAAAUAUUUUUAGAUUUAAUUCCAACUAUGGUACCCAUAUUCUUUGUUCAUGACUCAAUCACAGAAUCUAUUAAUGAAAUUGAGGCUCAUUAUUGGGAUACAGGCGUAUGGAAUAUCAAACCAGUAAUAGAGACAUUCAGCCAAUUUAUCCAUUCAUACUAUAGAGACAGUAAAUCAUUGCCAUCCCUAACAUUUGCAGAUAUUCAUGAAAAUACUCACAAGUUUUACAAUAAAAAAUACAAAUCAUUUAUUAAUGAUUUAUGUAUCAAAACAAGCGACCAAGAUGGAUACAGUUGGAGCUGGUCAGCAUUAUCAACUGCCAAUGAAACAAAUAAUGGUAACGAGGAGUUUGAAAGACUACAAGAAUUUAUAAAACAAAUCAAUAUCCCCCAAUUUAAAAAUUUAACACAAAAUGGUUUAGUAUCACACAGUCACACAUUUUAUUACUUGUUUCCAUUUUUUGCAGAUUUAAAGCCACCAACACACCCAAUUAGUGACUACUAUUUGGGUUUAAAAAGAAGAUUAGAAAAACAGGGUAUUUUUAAUAAAGAAGUCGAAAAAAUUGUUGAAACUUUGGAUCGUUUAUUAGAAGAAAGACAAUUAAUUACACCAAAGUCAAACGAUGACCCCUCAUCAAACGAACCAUCAGUAUUAAAAGCAGUCAGUGAUUAUCAAAACAAUAGAAUAAAAUACUUGGAUGAAUUAAUCAUAACUCUAAAAGCUGAAUAUCACAAAUUAACAAAUAAAGUUGACCAAUUACCCUCAACUAAAAAAAACGCAAUCAGAAAUCCAAAUAAAUAA